AUGUGCCGCCAUUUUCUCGUAUGCGGCCGCCAUUUUUAAGACGCGACGAAGUGCCGACUUGCAAUUUGCGAAUGAAUUGAAUUAUAUGAUUUUAAAACCGCAAUUGUGUUUCGAUAAUCCGUCGAUAGUUUUAGUAGGGUAUUUGGAGUGAUCAGAUUUCAUGAAAUCAAUGUAAUAUAGAUAUUAAUCAACAAUUUGAGGCAAAAUGUCUCGUUACGGCGAUUGUAAAGUGUACGUUGGGGAUUUGGGUAACAAUGCCAGCAAACCUGAACUUGAAGAUGCAUUUUCAUACUAUGGACCUCUGAGGAAUGUGUGGGUGGCAAGAAAUCCACCGGGUUUUGCGUUCGUUGAGUUUGAGGAUCCACGGGAUGCUGAAGAUGCGGUACGUGGUUUAGAUGGGCGCACUGUAUGCGGCUGUCGGGCUCGUGUGGAAAUGUCUAAUGGCAGUCGCGGUUCUGGUGGACGUGGACCACCACCUCGUUCUAGGCUGCCUCCACGUCCUUAUGAUGAUCGCUGCUAUGAUUGUGGUGGACGUGGACAUUAUGCAAGAGAUUGUUCUCGUAGACGUCGUCGCAGCCGAUCGAGGUCUCGCCGCCGUACGCGCUCCCGCUCACCGAGAUCAGGCUCCCGCAGCCGUUCCCGUUCGCGCUCCCGUUCCAAAGGAAGAUCUCUAUCACGUUCAAGAUCACGUUCGCCAUCCAAGGAUUCAAAGAAGUCCGUGUAAACUCAUUCAACAAUUAUUAUUAAUUCCAUUUUGGUCUUUAAUAGUUCAUAUUUUUUGUUUUUGUUGGAUAAGUUUCAUCAAUAAUUGCAGAUCAUUCCUAUUAACGUAUCGAAAAUGUGUAAGAUGUAACAAGUAUUGAUUUUGUAAUCAAUAUGAGCUAUUGUCAUUAAAUAAAUGUUUUACGUAA